AUGUCCGAGGGUUACGAAACAGUCAUUGGCCUCACAUUUGGCAACACCACCUCUUCUAUUGCCUACGAGAAGGAAGGCAAGGUCGAGGUUAUUGCUAACCAAGACGGCGACAGAGCCAUUCCUUCUAUAAUAUCCUACACUGGGUCCGAUGAAUGGCACGGCAACCAGGCUAAGGCUCAGCUCAUUCGCAAUGCCCAAAACACCGUCACCAACUUCCGCGACUUCAUUGGUAUUCCUUACGAGAAGAUUGACCCUACUUUCAACCAUGCUUCCGCCCACCCCGUCGACAAGGAUGGCGUUGUGGCUUUCAAGCUUCAGACCAAGGACGACGCUGAGCCUGAGCUUCUUACCGUUAACGAAGUCGCUGUCAGACACCUUGACCGUCUGAGAGAUUCUGCUGCCGAUUACAUUGGCAAGAAGAUUGAUGGUGUCGUUGUUACUGUUCCUACAGACUUUACUGAAGAGCAAAAGAAGACCUUUGUUGAGAUUGCUGCUAAGGCCGACCUCAAGGUUAUGCAAAUCAUCAACGAGCCCACUGCUGCUCUUCUCGGCCAUGUUGCCGCUAGAUCUUCCAACAAGACUGGCUCUCUGGAGAGCAAGGUUAUUCUUAUUGUUGAUGUCGGUGGAACCAGAACCGAUGGUGCCAUCAUCACCAACCGUGGUGGCAUGUUCAACGUCAUUGCUACACACCACGACACCGAGCUUGGUGGUUACUACCUCGAUGAGGCUCUGGCUAAGUACUUUGCCAAGGAAUUUGAGAAGAAGCACAAGAUUGAUCCUUUCAAGGAGCCCCGUGCCGUCGCCAAGCUCUUUGCUGAGAGUGAAAAUGUCAAGAAGACUCUGAGCAACACCUCUUCGGCCACCUUUGCUGUUGAGUCUCUUUCCGGUGGUUUCGACUUCCACGCUUCUAUCAACAGAUUCAGAUUUGAGACCACUGCCAGACCUGUCUUCUCCCGCAUCUCUUCUUUUGUUGAGCAUCUCGUCAAGAGCGCCAACCUCGAUGUUUUGGACAUUGAUGAAGUUCUUAUUGCCGGUGGUUCUGGUUUCGUCCCCAAGGUUGCCAGUACCAUUGCUGCUGUUUUUGAUGAAUCUGUCACCAAUGUCGUUGCUCCUUCUCUCGAUGUUAAGGCUGUUAACCCCAAUGAGCUCGCCGUCCGUGGUGCUGCUCUCCAGGCUUCUCUGAUUGCCAUCUACGACCAGAAGGAGAUUGAUGAGUCGCUGCAGUCUGUUGUCACUGUUGCUCCUCACACUGUCAAGCCCAUUGGCGUUUUGACUCAGGAUCCUGAGAAUGCUUCUAAGCACAUUUUCGUUUCUAUUGUUGACUCCAAUACCCCCAUCCCAUACCGAACAUCCCGCAUUUUCAACUCUCCUGCCGAUGCUGAGUCUGUUCUUAUUGGUGUUUACGAGGGUGAACCCGAAAUUAAGGUCACCCUUCUUGAGAAGCCUGCCAAGACUGAGUCUGCUGAGGCUGACGAAGAAGACAGCUGGGAUGAGGAUGAAGACGAUGAGCCUGAGGAGGUUCGCUCUAAGCUGAUCAACCAUACUACCAAGCUGGCUGAGGCUGGUCUUAAGGGCAUUACCAAGGGCUCUCAGAUUGAGGUUCUCAUUAACAUCACCAGAGACCUUAAGCUCCAGGUUGCUGCUCGUGAAGUUAAGCAGGGUGGUGUUGCUAUCCGUGGUGAGCUCGCUGCUCCUACUCUUGCUUAA